CUCCGCUCACCCAGAGCUAGUUAAGCAGCAAGCAAGCCCGUCGAGAAGCGAAACCGAGCCACGAUCAUCGAUCUGCUUUCUGGCUCCUGAGCCCAGCUCUCUCCACUCCCCAUCGAUCUCCACCGAUCAAGCGACCAUGCUGCACCAUUACCACCAUGGCGAAGUGGCCAGCCUGCACUGCCUCUCGCCCCCGAACCCGCCGUUCCACACCCACUACCACCACCCCGGCAUGAUCGCCGCCAGCAUGACGCCCCCUCCGCCCUUCCACUUCUCACCGGCAGCCUACGAGUAUGAGGACGAGCCUAUGCUGCAGGAAGCGCUGGCUGCCAUCGGCAAUAACAGCCCGCCCGGCUCCGGCGGGGCUGGUGAUGACAUCCAUGGCCAGACGCUGGCUUCGGCGGCGGAGGAAGAGCGGAGGCGGCGGAGGAUGGUGUCCAACCGCGAGUCAGCGAGGCGGUCGCGCAUGCGCAAGCAGCGGCAGCUCAGCGAGCUGUGGGCACGGGUGGCCCACCUCCGCGGCGCCAACCGCCGCCUCCUUGACGAGCUCAACCGCGCAAUGAGGAGCUGCGGCGACGUCCGCCGCGACAACGACCGGCUCAGCGCCGAGAAGGCCGAGCUGGAGGCCAGGCUCGAGCAGCUCAUGCAGCAAGCACAACAGAGCAACAACGCCUCCUCAGAGCCAUGCGAGAAAAACACCACUGCUGCUGCUGCUGCCGCUGCUGAAUAAACCAUUCUUAUCUUCUCAAUUUAACUACCAGGGUCGUUAAUUAUUACUGUAGUAUACUCAAAUAAGGCGUGCGUUGAGGGGUUUGAUCGGCUUAAUCGUUUCUUAAUUUUAUUAAGAUUGGGGUAAUGAUACAUACCCUUAGCUACGUACUACUACUGCCCAUUACUGUCAUCUUUUUUGGCAAGGUGCAAGUGGCUAGAUGAAUAUGGAUUGGGUGUUACUGACGAGUUGCCAUCAGUGGACAAAUUAUAGUGCAACAUGAUCAUACGGAUGAUGAAACAA